UACAUAUGUACAUACUACUUAUAUAGUAUAUAAAGGAGGUAUCAUUCUCUCAUCACAUCAUUAACGAAGAGCUCCUUCCGAUCAGAUCGACCAGGAUCUGAUAAGUAAAGAGUUGAAGUAAUUCAUCAGAUUAGGAUCAGCUAAGAUGGCGGCCUUCCACUCAGUCGCAGCGCUGCUGCUGGUGCUUGGGCUCUCGGCCAUCGAGGCCGGCAUCGUGUUCCCCUCGCAGGCCAAACUGACCGACAAUGCGUCGUACGACUACAUCAUCGUGGGCGGCGGCACGAGCGGGUGCGUGGUGGCGCGGCGGCUGGUGGACGCCAACCACUCCGUGCUGGUGCUCGAGUCCGGGGGCGAUCCUAGCGCCAUCUCCAUGCUUCCGGGACUGUUCUACCUGCUGCCAGGAACAAAUCUCGACUACGACUACAAGUCCACCUUCGAUGACUACGCAGCGAGCGCCCAAGGAAACUACACCAGACUGACCGCUGGCAACGCUCUCGGGGGCAGCAGUGUCCUGAACCAUCACCUGUCCAUCAGACCUAUCCCACAAGACUACGACGACAUAGCAUCACUCACAGGAGACGAUGGCUGGAGCUACGACAACAUGCUCCCCUACUUCAAGAAGACGGAAACUGUUAAGGAUGAGGAAAUCGCGAGCACUUACAGCGAGUACCACGGCGACAGCGGACCGCUCGGCAUCACCAGGGAACUGCACGAUGAUGAUGUCGCUUACUACCUGAAAGCUCUCGCUGAAGUCGGGAACCCAACUGUUGAAGACUUGAAUGGGCCAGUAAACGUCGGCUACAUGCAGCCAUUGCUGAACAUCGACAACGGAGUCAGACAAACCCCAGCUUACGUAUACCUUAACGAUAUCAAAGACAAUCCCAACUUACACAUCUCCAAAAACACCAAGGUCUCAAAAAUCAAUUUCGCCAACAGCACCGCCGUGAGCGUGGAGGCCAUCUACAAAGGUACCACGUACACGUUCCGAGCAAACAAAGAGAUCAUCGUGAGCGCGGGAGUGUUCAACACGCCGCAGAUACUGCAGCUGUCGGGGGUCGGCUCCAAGGAGGUCCUCGACAGUUUGAACGUCGACCAGGUCGCCGACCUGCCUGUGGGUGACAACUUGAGAAUACCACCCACCGUCAUCGUAGUACAGAAGACAAAAAAGAAUCUCAACAUAUUGUCCGCAGUUUCCAGUUUAUUGCCAGCUGUAGUACCAACUAAGAUCCCAUUCCCUCUAUUACUCGGUACUACUCCAACGAACAAGUCCUCGGAGAUUCCAAACUACCAGACAUACAACCUGAUGCUCCCCCACGACACGCCGUUCCUGACGCUGGCGUGUGUCGCGAUAUACGGGUACUCGCUGGACGUGUGCCUGCGCUGGCAGACACAGAUAGCGACCAGGGACGCGGUGUACAGUGUGGUCGUAAACCUGGACGCCGUGUCCACAGGCACCGUGCGCGCAAACAGCACGGACAUAAACGACGCCCCUAUCAUCACGACUGGCUUCUAUUCUGAGAGCGAAGACUUGGAGCGUGCCGUGGACAUCUUGUUAGAUCUACUGGCAGUACAAGACUCUCCUACUAUGAAGAACCUGGGUGCUGCUGUUGUUGGUGUGGACUUCCCCGAGUGCGCGGACAAGGAGGCUGGUUCCAGGGAGUUCUGGAAGUGCUACGUGCUGCACAGGACUAUCGCCGGUUUCCUCUACUCGGGAACUUGUCCGUUGCAGACCUGCGUGGACAGCGAACUGAAGCUGCUCGGAUUGAAAAAGAUCAGAGUGGCGGACGCCAGCGUGUUCCCUAAAGUGCUGCACGGAGCUCUGAAUGCUGCUGUGUUGGCUUUGGGUGAGAAGGCGGCUGACCUGAUCUUGCAGGAUGCUGCCAAUUGAUUCCAGAUGUAAUGACAAAGAAUGUAGAAGAUGAAGCACUAGAGUACAAUCCCGCAGUGAUGUCCCUCCUCCUUCUUUACAACUACAUUAUGUUCCAAAUAAUUCUAUCUCAUAAAAACGUAAUUCUUAACAACCCAAUGAAGUAGCUGUAUAGUAUAGCAGCGGCUAUAGUACCUACGAAUGUUACCUGACAAAUCAGUUUCCAGAGGCUAUUCCUCUGUUUCAACAAGGUCGAUCGAAUACCAAAGUUUAAAUGUCUAAUUUUAUAUUGUUCAUGUUUUUUUUUUUAAUUACAUGCGAACUCUAAUUAUGAAUUGUUUCGUAAUUAUAUCAUUGUACACAUUUUCA